UCAGCACCACUCGACGCUGCUUUCCAAUCUAGACGACAUCCCAAAACCUCCCGCUUAAUGGCUACCAGAAAGGCGGCGUAUUUUCCAUCAAAUACCGGCCUUUCCUAUACAUUUUUUUAUCAUUUCAAAAUUGGUAUUCGGAUCGCAUCAAUCUGCUGCACUCGAUGAACGGGUUUUAAACCCUUUUUCGGGCUGCGCUGUGCUCCUAGCUCGAUCGCGACAUCCCGCGCAUAAUCCGCCCAACAUCGCGCUUUUGUCGUAUUUGUCGUAUCACCAACUAUCAACAUUUCCGAAUUGAGCCGUCAGAAUCGAUAAUCACCGCCCUACUACCCGCACAACGCAACAACGCACGACACCUAAUUCAACCCCAUUCCACACUCGCACUCCCGACAUCCCCGACAUCCCCGAUCUCCCCGACCCUCCUCCAACAUGCCCGACAUAGAUCCCGCGGCUCUGAGCCGCCCAUCUGUUAGCCUUUCCACCCCGACUCUUAAAUCAAUAACAGUUUCCGCGCCCUCUACCCAGAAAGUGACUAAAACUAGCCAAAUUAUCCCCGCCCGCAUUGAUCUCGAACCUCUAUAUACAGCUCUUAAAUCGGCAAUUGGGAAUGAACAAUGGAAUACAUACAAAGAAUCAACUACCCAGUUUAUACUAGGACGCUUGAAUCAGGCAGAGUAUUCCGAACGUAUCGAUCAUAUACUAUCCAAUGGCGACAAAACCCAUCUCCACAACCAGCUUCUCGCUGCUAUAUACGGAAACCUUACGAGGGAAAUGCCAGACCAAGGAGUUGCGCCCUGGGUUUCUGCGAAUGACAAACCCACCACCAACGUCGGCGCAAAGCCUGUGACCGGAGAUGCUGCCGAACGAAGACUAAAAGGAGAAGUCAUGCAACUUCCGAGUCGCGAUCGAAGACGUAUAAAGGAACUUGCUCAGAAUGACUUUGACCCCUUCGAAUCUUUGGCAGCUGUGUUUUCGGAACACCACCGAAGCAGAAUAGCCCGCGUACCGGACAUACCUCAAAGUGCCAAUGCUAAUGACUUGAACAAAAUGAACUGGGAUCUCGAGAUUCGCAAACGAUUUGCACAACCCUUGGCAGUGGAGUCGGGUGAAUUUCCGGACAUAACGAGCAUUGAAUCAAGGAUGCUUCCAAUCUGCUACGAAGCAGGACUUGUUAAUGGCCAUUCUUCGGAUGCUACACAAUUCAUGACCGUUGCCGCCGAGACCUUCAUCAAGGAAUUUCUUUCGACAGUGUUCACUAGAACGAGGAGCAAUGGGCCUGGCGAUUCUGGGAGUGCUGGAUUCGGUUCCGGGGCCAACUGGAUUCAAACCCACAAGUAUCGCCGCCAGCUAAGACGAGAAGAAGCAGCCUUCUCUAGAGGGGAGCUGUCUAGAGAUAAGAGCGGACUCCUACCCGUCGAAGCAAAAGCUGCUAGCGAACGAUCCCCGCUAAGCAUGGCUGACUUACGACUCGCUCUAGAAAUAGGUGACUGUGGCAUCAGUUCGUUCCCUAUCAUCAGGAAGUCAGUCAUAUACAACUAUAGGGAUGGCGAACUCGAGAACUACAACAACUAUACCUGGCUCCACGGCCAAAAACCCAAAGAUUUCGAAGAUUCAGCCGUUAAUGGUGCCGGUCAGCAUGGUCCUAUGAACGGCGGUGCCUACCCAGAACCAAUGGACAUAGACGAAGAGCCGAUAGUAUGGGAGGGUGCAAAUAACGAGGAUACGUCGAUGCUAGACAGUGUUUUGGACUCAUGCCUCGCAGUCCCUUAGGAAGGGGAGGAGGCCGCCAAAACAUCGUUAGCGGAAAACAUCUAGGAUGCCGUUGGCCCCUUGCGUUUUCUGCCUGCAUCAUAGGAAA